CAUCGCACCUGGAAGACUGCAGUAGACCUGGCAGACUGCAGCGAUGCCGCCAUGGAUGCGACAUGAUGCCCCUCGGCUCUUGCCAGUCCAUGCCACGCCAGUACGCCACCUGACUUUGUUUUUUUUCUCAUCCUCCUCCCCCUCUCCUUCCACCGAACAACCACAUCAUGUUCCGCCUUGCCACCCGGAUGGUGGGGACUACCAUGCCUGCGCUGACGAGCAUGAUGAGUGCCAGCAUCAAUGCAAGUGGUGCUACUACCACCACCACUGCUGCUGCUGCUGCUGCUGCUGCUGCUGCUGCUGCUGCGCCGUUCUCCUCCGCCGCUGCUGCUGCCGCCCUCCGUCUGGGCGACCAGGUGCCCAACUUUAGCCAGGAGUCAACCCACGGUGUGGUGGACCUGUACGAGUACCUGGGCGACUCGUGGGGCAUCCUCUUCUCACACCCAGCCGACGACACGCCGAUCUGCACCACGGAGCUCGGGCGGGUGGCGCAGCUGCUGCCCGAGUUUGAGAAGCGGAACACAAAGGUGAUCGCGCUCUCGGUGGAUCCGGUCGAGGCCCAUCACAAGUGGGUUAAGGACGUGGAGGAGUUCUCGUCGACCUCGGUGACGUACCCGAUCCUCGCCGAUGCCGACCGCAAGGUCGCCGAGCUGUAUGACAUGAUCCAUCCCGCGGCAGACUCGACCCACACCGUCCGCUCGGUCUUUGUCAUCGGGCCCGACAAGUCGCUCCGCCUCACCCUCACCUACCCGGCCGCCACCGGGCGCUCGUUCGACGAGAUCCUCCGAGUCCUGGACUCGCUGCAGCUGACCGAGUACCACAAGGUUGGCACGCCCGUCGACUGGAAGGAUGGCGACGAUGUGGUUAUCGUGCCUUCGGUCUCUAACGACGAGGCCGACUCGCUCUUUCCCAAGGGCUACAACGCCGUCUACCCCUACCUCCGCAUCACCCCGCAGCCGAACAAGUGAACCAGCCGCAUUUUCGCAA